GGAAGGGAUCGCAUUUUCAGGGCGACCCAGUACGCAUGCGCUUUGGCCAAGUACCUGCUUCGAAACGAUGCAAAGAGAAAAGUUGUGGUGCAGAAGUUGCAGAGUUUGGAGUCCAGCAUGAGCUCAGGACGGAAGCUAGUCUGUACCUAGAAUGGUGCGAAAUCCCCCACCCCGCCCCAAAAAAUGGAAUAAACCAAAAAAAAAAAAAAAACAUUGAGCGAGCGACAGUUCUGUGGGUGGUGAUGCCUUGUUGAUGAAAGAGAGCUCGUCAGAGAAGAAUGAUGAUCCGAGCUGCCAGAUUUUGGCUGUCAACUGCAGGUGGAAGGUCAUUUUGUUCUGCUGCUCCAAAACUGGAAGGGAGUGUCCUAGAGUUUUCAGGCUUGGUAAUACAGUGAGUUCAAUUGAUGCAGCCAGGAGAGCCCUUCACCUGCCUGACCCUGUGCUGCGUUUCUGCCUCACCGUUGCCAAUCUUAACCGUGCCCUUUAUUUCAUCUGUGACAACGUCCUCUGGGCCAGAAGCAUCAGCCUCAUCCGAGAUAUCGACAAGGACAGAUGGAGCCUAAACGCCACCCGAUAUUACUUUUUCUCCUUGGUGAUGAAUCUCACCCAGGAUGCUUACAUGAUUGCCCAGCUCAUGGUCCAGAAGUCUCGAGAUGGACAAUAUCGGCAGAAAGUCAACCAACACCUCAAUGAGAGCCAGGACACUGCCACUGUCAUUAUUCCACAGCUUGAUGCGUUUCUGUUCCUACUCAUUGAGAGCCUCAGAAAUCACCCAGCUCUACUUCUUGAUGUGCUGAAGAAUGUAUGCGAUCUUUACAUUCCUUUAGAUAAACUGGGAGUUUACAGGACAAACGAAGGGGUCAUAGGACUCUGUGGACUUAUUUCAUCUCUUAUAGGGAUACUGUUGGUUUUGAAGCCCAAUCUAAAAAACAAACCCUAAGAGAAGGAGCAUAGGCUUGAUGCCCAGACAGGAAGUACUUUUUAGACAUCAACUACAUGUUGAUGUAUGAGCUAUGAAGCUCAUAUAAAUAGUGCAAAACUGACACCGAAUUGAAAUAGUGUCUUGGCUGAAUCACUUUGAUAGAGUCAGAGGACAUUUUACACAUUGAUGGAAAUGAUGUGCCCAGGAUGUAGUUAUCUUUGUGGUGCAAAUUCCAAAUGAGCUUUUCAUUUUUAUAUGAGAGCCAAUCAGCAGCACAAUGCAUAAAAUCAUGCCGAUACAGGUCAAGAGCUUCAGUUAAUGUUCACAUCAAGCAUCAGCAUGAAGGAAAAAGUCUGAUCUCCGUGACUUUAACCGUGGCAUGGUUGUUGGUGCCAGAUGAGCUGGUGUGAGUAGUUCAGAAACUGCUGAUCUCCUGAAAUUUUCACAACAGCAGAGUUUACACAGAAUGGUGCGGAAAACAGAGAACAUCCUGUGAGAGGAGAGUCUGCAGGGCUGAAUCACCUCGUUGAUGAGGGAGAUCAGAGGAGAAUGUUCAGACUGGUUCGAGCUGUCAGGAAGUUUAUUGUAACUCAUAUCUCUACAGCCGUGGUGAGCAGAAAAGCAUCUCGGAAUGCACAUCACACUGAACCUUGAGGUGAUGCGCUACAACAGCAGAAGAACUGAGGCUUGAAGAUUAGAAAAGUCCAGAUGGUUCUUUUUUUCUUCUUCAAAUCUUCACCUUUCCUGUUUGGGUGAGUUGUGCCCAUGAUAGCUUCAGAUUCCUGUUCUUUGCUGACAGGAGUGGAAUCCAAUGUUGUCUUCUUCUGCUGAAGCGCAUCCGCCGCACAAUUCGAUGGGAUGUGCCUUCUGAGAUGCUUUUCUGCUCACCACGGUUGUAAAGAGUGUGAUUAUGAGUUACUGUAUCCUUCCUAGCAGCUCAAACCCGUCUGGCCAUUUACCUCUGACCUUUCCUAUCAAUAACUUCUCAUCAAAAAAUUUUUUUGUUGUUUUUUGCACCAUUAUGUAUAAACAGUGUAACAGAAGUGUGCCCUUCUGUUACCAACAACCACACCACGGUUAAAAUCACAGAGAUGGCACUUUUUCUUCAUUCUGAUGUUUGGUGUGGACAUUAACUGAAGCUCUUGACCUGUAUCUGCGUGAUUUUACGCGUUGUGCUGCUGCCACAUGGUUGGCCGAUUAGAUAACCGCAUGAAUGUGCAGGUGUUCCUAUUAAAGUGGACAGUGAGCGUAGGUAUCUAUCUGACUGGAUUAGUACGAAGUACUGGCAGGUUCAGCACUUCUACUGAAUGAUGUGAGAUCAGUUAUAGUGAUUCAGAUCUUCAGACCUACCAUCCUUAAUGCAUUUUGCAUAGGAGCUCCACAUUUUAAUACUGGACUCCAGUGAUACGAGUUAUCUUUCAAAAAUAAGUGUUUUGAACUCUCAAAUAUUAACUGACAUCUUGUUUUGUCCUGGAUGAAUGAUCAUUCAUUGUGCGUGUGCAUAUAUAUGUGUGUGUGUGUGUAUAUAUAUAUAU